CUUUCAGAUGGCAAUGCAAGCAUAGAGACACCUUGCACAUGUGACACCUUUAUAAUUCUCACCAACCAGGAUGAAUUUCAUUUGCGGGUUCCCCCUGAAUGAACAAAUAAGCACGGAGGAUGUCAGGAAUGAGCGGGAUGCCUGGGUCAAAGCCAUCAACAAGCAGUGCAUGGACUGGAAACGCAGGUCCCAGUAUGAAGACCUCAGAGAAGCCCAAAAACUCUCCGAUAUUACGAAAGUCAUCAAAGAAAACCAGUCUACACACGAGAGAGAGCCUGAGACAGGCAAGAUGCAGAACAACCAUGUGCCUCUCUUGGUGCCGCCACAGCCAUUUCCUCGGAUUCUGUCCAAAUCUCGAGCUGUUGCUGUGCCUAUUCCAGUGCCAGCACUAGCACUAGAACCAGUGCAUAAACCUUCAGUGGAGCUAGAGCAGAUGCCUGAGUUAAAGCCACAACCUGUACAAGAGAAAACUCUAGUAUCAUUAGCAGAGAGCAGGCUAGCUCCAUUACCACAGCUUGAGUCCGUCCAAUCACCGCUGUUUUCUGCUGCCCCGACCCCUCCACCUCCUGUGCCACCUCCACUGCCCAAGAAGAAGAAGACAGAAUCCCUAAUAAUAAGGACUAGGGCCUUUCACUGGGACCUUAUUGCUCAAGACAAGAUUGCGAAGUCAGUCUGGGCACGGGGGAGCCCUAGAGAAAUUGAAAUCGACACCUCUCGUUUGUAUGAGCAAUUUGGAGUCAAAGACUCGGCCAACAUUUCUAUCUUGGAGUCAAGCAAUCAUGUCGAAAUCAUGCUGAGUGCGAAAAUUGCACACAACUUCAAUAUUUUCCUCAAAAGUUUCCCUGUGCAACCAAAGGAGCUCAAGGACAAACUGUUCAUUGUUAAUGAGGGAGAUGGGGGCCUCUCUGAUGAACACAUUACUUCUCUCAGGAGGUAUGUGCCAACUGCAGAUGAUAAAGAAAUGUAUAGGUCAUACAAAGGAGAUGUGAGUGAACUGCACUUGGUGGAUCAGUACAUGCUGGAGCUGUGUAAUAUCCCGUACCUGAGCCCUCAGCUGGACCUGUUGCUGACCCUCAGAGAACUGCCCAUCAGCAUGGAUGACCUGAAACCGCUGAUUAACCAGAAGAUCCGCAUGUGCCAGCAGCUGUGGGGCUGCGAAGCGUUCGUCUGCGUGCUGGAGUACCUACUGGCCAUGGGCAAUUACCUCAACCAGAACGCGGGCAAAGAAAAGGCCAAGGGAUUCCGCCUCUCAUCUCUAACUAAGAUCUCGCAACUGCGUGGGAAUGAGAAGAGGUUCACCUUGAUGCAUGCCCUUGUGGAGCAGAUCAUGUUGCACGAGCCCCGUUUGGCCACAUUUUUCCGGGAGCUGGCGGAAUUCGAGAUGGUCCCUGGGGCUUCAGUUAAAGGCCUAACAGCUGAGGUGGAUGUUGUGAAGAAUGAGCUACAGAAGGUCAUUCAGUACAGGAAAACAUACAAGGGGAAAAACCUCGGCAGCCAGCACUCCAAAUUCACCAAGGAUUUGAAGUUGGCCAUUGAGAAGUACGAGGCUGAUCUGUACCAGCUGACGAAGAGGUGCGAAGAGAUGAGGAAACUCUAUACUGACAUAUUGGUGAAAUUUGGUGAGCCUUUGGAUCAAGAUUCUAAAGAACUCUUCGGCUGUGUUUGCCAAUUUGUCAACGAAUUCAAAAGGAUACAUUCAGAGCUGACAUGUUGAGAUAUUUCACCACCUGUGUGCGUGUGCUUGUGUCUGUGUGUGUGUGUUUGUGUGUGUAUUUGUGUGAUUCUCAGCUGGCUGUUAUGUAUGAAGUAUGGUCCCGAAGCAAGACCUGCCCUCUCAAGCAUAUCAUAGAAGGCGUGUCGGGUCCAAAGGCCAUUUGAAUGUCAGUCUAAACUGAAUAGCAAGGUGUUUUGUGAGCAGCCUAAUCCAAAGGGUUUUAGGGAAGGAUUUGCUAGAUCUAUUGCUGCAAUGGUGUUUACUUUGAUUAAAAGUCUCGGGCAGAUUUACUGAAAGGCGGCUCUCAGACUCCAGUCCAUAACAAAGGGGCGCUGCUGGAUGCACUGCUAGCUCAGGAGAAAAUGCUCGGUUAGAGGCUCGUAUAGAUCGGUUGUUACUUUUCGGAGAGCUCUUUCAAUGGAAGUUACUGGGCUGGAUAAGACAAACGGGGGCUGCCAAGCUGCCAGCGGCUCCACAGCUGGCCGGCAUGGAGGGAGCGCUCCAGCGGCCAGAGCCAGCUGAACCCCGUCCACACACAUUUCUCCAGACACUCUGUCCCCCUCCCGCCUUGGCCCGAUGGACGGACGUGAGGGCUUUUCUGGCCCAUUCGGGAACGGCUCCAAUUGACAGCCAUGGAGCAGGGUGACAUCUGUGGCAGCUGCUAGUUUAAAGACUGCUUCUUUUUGUUCCUCUUCUUUCACAUUGGCCACUUUGCUGGAUCGCGGCGCUAAGCUGCACUUUAGAACAUCUCAGAUUGAUUUUGUCUGCGACUUGAGGGAGCGCAGGGGUCCAUGCAUCUUACAUUUUAAACAGAAAUAAAGAGCAGGGAGAGGACACACAAGCACUUGUUUUAAAGGAACACUGGUAUUUUUCAAUCUAGUGUCUAUCAGCUACAUCUGUAUAUCAUACAGUGAAUUACUGUAGACAAUAGGUUCAGUGUUGUACAUGUACAUAGCUUGGCUAAAGCAAAAACCUUGACUUCCAUUAAAAGCAUGUUUCUAGUUUGCAUCAGGGUUCCCAUGGAUUCUUAGAAAAUCUUUAGCUCUGUUUACUUCGCUGUCGUAGAGGCCACACGUUAAUUAUAAAACAUCCAAUAUCUGCAAUGCCUAUGUUUCUGCUGUGUUUAAACUAGCCACCUUUCAUUUGAACACUGGCAUGUAAAAUGUGAGCACAUGGACAGAGUCUGUUUUCUGCUGCUACAGCAAUAUGCCUCCAAAACCAUAUACGCAAUGCACAUAAACGCAAUGUUUUUCAACCUCAAGUCAUAACUGGUUGAAAACUACUCUGGAAACAUUGCUCUUUACUCGCCGUGUGCUGCAUUUCUGGGGUAAGACUGACGUUAGCAGAAACAUUAGGGCCUUCGAAGAUGAGAGAAAAGAGCAGGCUGCUGUGGCAUGUUAAAGCAAUAUGAAAUAAAAGCUAUUCAUGAACCUAUAAGAUGGUUAUUCCCAUAAAUAGGCCAAUAAAACUAAAGCUAUCAAUUCAGGGUGUAUAAUAAUAUACACAUCAAAACUGAAGGGAUUUCACUGCAGGAUAUUAAAGUAUCUUGUAGCCAAAUCAUCAGAUCAGUCUAUCAGAUUUGAUCAUAAGCCAAUAUUAAACACACUAUAUAUGGUCAAUCUGAAAAAGUAGGCUAAAAUCAGUCCAGAGUGUCACAUUAUGCACAUACUGUAAUACUAAAUGGCAGAGUAACAUAAUUACCUAAAUUCAAUAUUAGCUGUUACUCAAUACUGAAUGACUCAGAAGAAUCAGACCGAGAGACUAAAACUAAUCGGGACAUCCCUGAUAAAAUUGUAAAAUGAUGCCAUUGUUCAUAUUAAACUAAUCCAGAAUAGUCCAACAACCAAAAAUAUCUUGCUGACCGUGGAUGUGGGGUCAAAAGUAACUGCUGAUGAAGGACUAGAGGAGAACUCAGUGAAAAGAUUGUGUUAGGACAGUGCAACCUCAAAGUCUAUAUAGAUAUUUUUUCCUCAAAACAGUUUACAUAAAGUAGAUACAUAAAACAUGCCAUAUUUGAGGGUGUGCCUUGUUAUAUGGUUAAAGUGGUAUUAUUUUUAUCAUGCUGAGGUCUUAAAAAGGUAUUAAAAAGCACUGAAUUUACAUGGGAAUGUCUCAGAGCUGUUGUCUAUAAUAUUGUGCUACAGAUGCGACAGAUAGAGAUUACCUUGAAAACUGCUGUAGUGAUCCUUUCAAAGACUGAAUAUUUGGAAUAAUGAAGUCUAGUUAAACUCUCAGGUGUAGUACACAAAGGGCUAUUUCAAGAAAUGAUUAACCAUUUCACAAAUUGUUAGAGAAAAAUGUAAAUGUAAUUAUUUGCAGCAGCUAUUAACAUGAACAUUUAGAUAUAGCACACAGUAUGGUUCACAUUUGGUGGUUUACCCUGUAGUGAAAUAAAAAAUAGAAAUAAAAUAAAUAAAACUGAAAUGAUUAAAUUACCAUGUUUUUAUUUCAUAUGUUUGUGGCAUCUCCUCAGGCCCAGCAGGAGUUUUAUAAUGCUCAAAUCUUCAUCUCAGUCUGGCAGACAAAAUCCCCCUUUUCCACAGAGAAGAUUCACAAUCUGUGAUUCC